AUGCCGCUGCGGGCAGGGGGAGCCGGCAGCCCCGGGGCAGGCAGCGAGGAGUGCGUGGUGCCAGUGCCCGGUGUGCGGUGUCUGCUCCUGGUGCCCGGUGCUCGGUGCACAUUGCUCGGUCCCGGUGCCGGCGCCGAGCGCUGGCGCCGCUGCCUGUACCCGCGUGCAGUGCGGUGCCGGGCGCCGGUGCCGGUGCCGGUGCCCGGUGCCGGUGCCCUUUGGCCGCAGGCUCUGCACGCUCCCGCAGCCCGGGCCCGCUCCCGCAGCCCGCUGCCCUCCGUGAAGGUGACGGUGCGCGGGGGCGGAGCGGACCGGGGCCGCCGGUGCCGCAGCGGAACGCGGGGGGAACACGGGCGGCGGGGCAUCACCUGCCCGGCCCCGGAGGGCGGCAGCCCCGGGGGAGGCGGGGGUGCCACAAGCCCCUCACCGGAGCAUCCGGGAGGGCAGCGCUCGGGAGCGUCACCUGCGUGUCCCCCCGUCCUGCGCUCCUCCCACGGGUGUCCGUGCGUGGGCAGCGGGAGCCGCUCUGAUGCGGCUCCGUGCCGUGCAUCGGUUCCCAGCUCUUGGCAGGUCCCGGGGCUGCGGCGCUGGUGGCACUGCCAGCCCUGCCGGGCCCUCGGCCGGGACCGUCACUCGCAUGGAGCCGGCUCUGUACUCACCGGCAAGGUCCGGAGCCGCCGCUGGCAUUCCCAGCCCGCGGGAGCUUGUUCUACAUCUCCCGUUCUGCCUCACUCCGCGGCGGCGGCAGGUCCGCAGGAGCCGCCCGGCCUGGCCACGUCUCCGCGGGGACCUCGGGCUGUGUCCAGGGUGGGGGUGAGGACAGAGGGCUGCGGCCGUGGAUCGCGUGGCACCGGCUUGUGGCUGCGGGGACAAGUGGCCUUGGUGGAGAGCGCCGCGGCCGCGCUGCCCCGGCAGCCGCCGUGGGAACCAGCCCGGCACAUUCCUCCGGAGCUGGAUGCAGUGAAACCAGAGAGGCUGGCGGAGCGUGUCGCAACGGAGCGCCUUCCCGACAGGCUCCAGACUGUGGCUGUGGGAUGCACACAUCAGCCUCGGAAACAUCGGGGGGAGACAGCAGUCACAGCUGGGGACCGCGGGCAGCUGGGCUCCCUCACCCGUGCACGUGUGGCCAUGGGGUGCGGGGGCGUCGCGGCUGCCCCAGAAGACCCCGAGGAGCGGCGGGGUGCCCAGGGGGAAGGUGCCUACCCCUGUCCCCCCGAGCGCCAGGAGCUGGUUACCGUCCCUACGCCGCAAGUCAUAAAACGUUUCCUGAAGGAGGACUCGGACGAGGCUGAGCUGACCCAGUUCCUGCGGGAUUGCCCAGCAGCUGACAGCUCCCGGAAGGUGGAGGCCCCAGAGAGCCGGCGGGAGCCCGGCCACCCCCUGGGCAGCGUGGCCAGGGUCCCCCCAGACGAAGCCAGUGACGAGAGGGACACCAGGAUUUUCUCCCGCUCCCGGCCCUCGGAUUUCCAGCAGCAUAUCGCCGCCCCCCCGCCCCCCAGCCCCAAUCGGCCGCGGAGCCCCUGGGGACAGCUGGACCCCUACGACUCCUCCGAGGAUGACAAGGAGUAUGUGGGCUUUGCCACGCUGCCCAACCAGGUGCAUCGCAAGUCGGUGAAGAAGGGCUUUGACUUCACCCUCAUGGUGGCAGGGGAAUCUGGGCUGGGCAAGUCCACCCUGGUCAACAGCCUCUUCUUGACGGACAUGUACAGGGACCGCAAGCUGCUCAACGCCGAAGAGCGCAUCACGCAGACGGUGGAGAUCACCAAGCACGUGGUGGACAUCGAGGAGAAGGGGGUCAAGCUGCGCCUGACCAUCGUGGACACGCCAGGCUUCGGGGACGCCGUCAACAACACCGAGUGCUGGAAGCCAGUGGCCGACUACAUCGACCAGCAGUUCGAGCAGUAUUUCCGUGACGAAAGUGGCCUCAACCGGAAAAACAUCCAGGACAACCGAGUGCACUGCUGUAUCUACUUCAUCUCGCCCUUCGGCCACGGGCUCCGGCCCCUGGACGUGGAGUUCAUGAGAGCUCUGCACCAGCGCGUGAACAUCGUGCCCGUGCUGGCCAAGGCUGACACCCUGACCCCCGCUGAGGUGGAGCGCAUGAAGAACAAGAUCCGGGAGGAGAUCGACCACUAUGGCAUCCGCAUCUACCAAUUCCCUGAGUGUGACUCGGACGAGGAUGAGGAGUUCAAGCUGCAGGACCAGGCACUGAAGGAGAGCAUCCCCUUCGCUGUUAUCGGCAGCAACACGGUGGUGGAGGCCAAGGGCCGGCGCGUCCGUGGGCGCCUCUACCCCUGGGGCAUCGUGGAAGUGGAGAACCCGUCCCACUGCGACUUCGUGAAGCUGCGGACGAUGCUGGUGAGGACGCACAUGCAGGACCUGAAGGACGUGACACGGGAGACGCACUACGAGAACUACCGCACGCAGUGCAUCCAGAGCAUGACCCGCAUGGUGGUCAAGGAGCGCAACCGCAACAAGCUGACCCGGGAGAGCGGGACAGACUUCCCCAUCCCCGUGAUCCCCCCGGUGCCGGACGUGGAGACGGAGAAGCUCAUCCGGGAGAAGGAUGAGGAGCUGCGGCGGAUGCAGGAGAUGCUCCAGAAGAUCCAGAAGCAGAUGAAGGACUCGCACUAGCCCGUCCCCCCUCCUCCUCCUCCUGGCCCCGAUCAGAAAUGUUUACAUCACGCUCCACCCGCCCGGCCCCGCUGCCAGACUCGGUACCAACGCCCACCCACCACCUUAAGCUGCGGCAUCGCCUUAUCCAACCAGCCAGCGCCCGCGGGGACACCGGGCACAGCGAGGGGACACGGGGGGACAGCGAGGGACAGGGCACCCAACCUGGGGCCUCCUGCCCCACUCCUCUCCACUCACUGGGGACAGCUUGGUCCCCCAAGCUUUGGUUUCCCAUUUCUCCACAGCUCUGGGGAGGGCCCUGGCCAGCCUGGUUCCCACAGUGUGUCCCUUGUCCCCGUGUCACCCUGGGCUCCCUGCUUACAUUCUUUAUGCUCAGCUUGGCCCUGGCUUAAGAGAAGAGGAAAGGGGGGCACUGGUGCCAGCCCCCCAAAGGCCCCAGCUGCUGUGGGGGACAGGGCUGUUCCCCUGCCCUUGGCUGGCAUGGAGGGACAGCAGCUCCUGGGAACCACAGGGGACAGAGGGGAUGGACAGCCAAGGGACAGUGACUAUCCUGCUCUAUGCCAGCACCAGUGCAGGGGGACAGAAGCUUGUCAGUGUCCAGCCCUGUGUCCUCACCCUGUCCCCAUUGAGUGACAGCAGGGCUGUGGCACAAGGAGCACUGGGGAAUCAAUGUCGCCAGGGAAAAUCCCUUGAACCCCAAAUCAGAGGUUGGGCACCCCCAGCCUGCCGUGAUGUUGGCCCUGUAAAGCAAUAAUGAGUGUCCUCUGCCCGUGGCACCUCUCACCCCAUGGCAACAGCACCGGCCCUGGCUGGAAUUUCAGCCCCUGCUGCCACUUGCUUUUCUGUGGUGUCCUGUAUGCCCAGGAUGUCCCUGUCCCUGCUGCUUUUUGGCACAGCAGCCCCGUGUAUUCUCCAAGGAUGUACCCAUCUGUGCUGCUUCCCAGCGAAGCGCUGCUGCGUGUCCCCAUGUCCCCCACGUCCCCAUGCUCCCCACCGUGCCCUGGUUGGUGUUGCUGCCCUACAGAGCACUGCAGCUUCUCCCCCCUCCUCAGACUGUCCCCAUCUGUGUUGCUUUCCCACAGAGCUAUGUUGCAUCUGUGUGUGCCCCUGGGAUGUCCCCAGCCAUGUCACCACCCUGCAGGGCUCUGUGUAGUGUCCCUGUGUCCCCAAGGAUGUUCCCAGCUGUGUUGCUUCCUGCAGAGCCCCACUGUGUGUCCCCAGGGUGAGCCCUGGCCGCCUCUUGCAGCAUCCCUGGGGAGAAGGAUUCAAACCCCUCCUGGGUCCAGGAAAGCCCGCAGGGGAUGGUGAGGGUGCAGGCAGGACUGGGAGCAGUGGGAGCUGGCUGCUGUGGGGAUGUCUUGUCGCCAUCAGGGCCCCUGAGCUGGGGUCCCCCGGGUGGGACGUGGCUGGCAGGGGCUGUGCCCGGCUGGGGCUCGGGGCUUGGGGCUGCAGGGUGCCAGGGCAGCACUCGGCCUGUGCCCCCGUGUCCCCGUGCCAGCGGGGGUCCCGUGGCCCCCGUGGGCAGGGCCCCCCCGGCAGGGCCCUGCAGGGAAUAUUUAGCGCUUUCCUUUUUUUAAUCUCGCUAUUUUCUUACAGAAGCCCCUCCCCUGGCAUGACGGUCCUAGAGGCGUUUAUUAACGGAUCAGAGAGUAUAGGUUUAUAAAUUCUUAUAGAGUAGUGGAAAUAUUUUUAUCCCUCCACAACUGUUCUCAAUAAAUACGGCUGACCUGGCUUGUCUGCAA